CACACUGCCUAAAACCAAACAAACAAUUGAACUGUCAACAUGGAUAUUUUACUACUAAAACGAAUAGAAACUAAUGCUAUUAUGGCUGCUGUUGCUACAGCACUACUAAUCAACGAUAAGGACAAUAAAAAGCGUCCUCGCUCGUGUUGGGUAAAUCCGUUUUUAAAGGAACGGUCAAAAAAAGGACGAUUUUCAACACAUUUCGAAAACUUAAAGCAAAGUCCCUCUACGUUUUUUGAAAACUUUCACAUGAGCUUUGCGCUGUUUCAAGAACUAUGUAGCAAGAUGGAGCCAAGUCUUGCUCCAAAAGUGUUUUCACGCCCUGAUUCGAUUCGACCCCACGAAAAGUUGGCCUUAGUCCUGGAGUAUUUAGCUUCAGGGGAUAAUCAAAGCCAUAUUGCUUCAUCCUAUCGGAUAAGCAAGCAACGUAUAGGACCAAUAAUUGAAUCGGUGUGCGUUGAAUUAUGCAAACAACUUAAACACGAAAUGCCUGCCUGGACUAAAGAAUUAAUGCUGAAAAGUGCUGAGGAUUUUGAAAAUAUCUGGUGUUUUCCCAACUGUGUGGGAGCUAUUGAUGGCAAACAUGUGUCCAUUAAGGCUCCAGCCCGAAGUGGCUGCGAAUUUAAUAGCAAUAAGGGCAAUCACUCAUUGGUUAUAAUGGCUGUCAGUGACGCUAAGUACAGGUUCACUUAUUUGGACAUUGAAGCCUAUGGAAGCGAAAGCGAUAUCAACGCAUUUACUCAUUGCAAGCUUGGCAAAGCAAUCCUUCUAGACCAGUUGAAUUUUCCAGAUGAUAAGCCACGAAAUGAAGUUAUGCUGCCCUAUUACCUAGUGGCAGACGAUGCAUUUCCGUUGUCCAAACGCAUUAUGAAGCCAUAUACCUCAAAAAACUUAACGAGAAAGGAGUUAGUUUUUAAUAAUCGGCUAGGCAGAGCACGUAGAGUCGUUGACAGGGCAUUUGGUAUACUGAGCCUUAAGUGGAAGGCAGUGCAUCGAACUAAUUUGUGUCAUCCAGAUAGAACAAAAAAUAUUAUCACUGCAUGUUGUUUACUCCAUAAUUAUGUCCUUAGACGAAGUCCAAUGGAGUAUGAAGUCAGUCAACACAAAGUCCUCGAUUCUUUGCCCGAAGAAUUUAUCCAAUUUCGUGACAGAGUACAGGACUAUCCAAAAUAUGUGAGAGAUAACGUAAAAGAUUUUGUAAACAGUUUUGAAGGUACUUGACACUCACAAAAAAA